AUGACCUUUCAAUUCCUGCAGCGCUUUCGCAGUAAGGAUAAGGAGAGAGAUAAUGGGAAGGGCAAAGCCCGACCGAAAGACCAACCGGAUGAGGACCCUUCCCAAUCAGACCCGCGGACGGUCCUAGCGCAAGUGGGGAUCUAUCAUGAAACCUGCAAGCAAAAUGGCAAUUGUCGCGAUUUCAGGUCAAUGCCUCUUCCUCCGCCUCGAAGACCGUUGACUCCUCCCGACUACGAGCUCGCGGCCAUCCGGGGCCGGAGCAACACCCUCACAGCCAUUAAUACGUCGACUACCAAUUUUCUGGACUUGACCAAGAGCACCACCCUUCCCCAGGACCAGAGUCUACUCUUCUCGCGCCUACCCAAGGAAAUCCGCCAACGAAUCUACAUCGAGCUGUUUGGUAACCGGUCGGUCCACCUCGAAUACGACUUUGGCUAUGCGCCGGGCUACCGUCAAAGAGAUAAGCGACCGCCAGACCAAUGGCGCUGGUGGCAUCGGGUUUGCGAUGAUGAGGAGCAUCCAAACCCGGGAGACCUGUGCCGUAUGAAUGAUCUGGAGGAUCCGAAGCGUAUUGGGCGACGACAGCUAUCGCGGCACAAGCUGAAAGGCGUGGCGUGGCUGCGAGUGUGCCGAAGAGCCACAAAUACAUUCCUCAUCUCCUCGUCGGUCAAGUUAUGCCGAUUGCCGAAAUUGAUCGCGCCAUCGCAUCUCUCGCGCAUCGCUUCGCUGGACAUCCUGCACGUCGCAAAGACAACGACACCGUCGACAAUGGCCGACAACGAGUGGGAAACAUAUCAUACGCUCUUCCGGACCUUGCGAUUAGCGUACGUUGGCGUCAGGCGCUUGCGCGUGGUUAUUCACAUCCUGAACAAAAGCUGCACUCCGCGAGCUGGAACCGUUCCGGAAGAGCUGGAUGAAGCCUGGAUUCGUCCCUGGUCGGAACUGGCGUCUUCGCGGCAGUGGGAGAAACUCGAGAUUGGGCUGCAGGAUAGCUGGUUUGACGACUUUUCCGCUGCUGGGAGACGAUGGGAGGCCAGGAAUGGGCGUCAGCUCGAGGAUUCAGGGUAUUCGCUGGCCCGAGUAGACGAUUUCACAACAUGGGAUGGAAGAUUGUCGGAGAUCUGGAAUGCAGUUUAUCUGUAA